UCUUCUUCACUUUCAUCUGCUGCUAAAGAAGAAAAAGAAAACCCAGGGACGAUUCUUCUCUUACGAAGAUGUUCAAAUCCAUAGCUCUUUUUCGGUUCAAGAAAUCGUCAAAACCAUUCAAAGAUUAUUACAGUAAAUGGUUCAAGACGCUCAAGAACGUUCACCUCCCUCAGCUCCGUCACGCCAUGUCAUCAUCCUCCACGGCGGGGCCCAUUUUCUUAGCUUCCCACGUCGAGGUCAUGCACCGUCACUUCCUUAAUUACUACGAAGCCCUCGACCUCGCCGCCGCAAACGACGUCGCUCAGGUUCUUUUUCCCGACUGGCGAAAUUCCUUUGAAAAACCCUUCCUCUGGCUCGGUGACCUUCACCCUUAUCUCUUCAUAAAUCUCCUCCGUUCAUUUCUUGGUGAUGACUCGGAAUCCGAAUUCGACCCGGAAAUAUUCGACAAACAACAGAAUUGGCACGUGGUGAUGGCAUGGAAAAGCCGCUCGAAGAAAUUAACGACAAGGGUCGAUCAGAUUGAGUGUGGUUUAAGGCUUAUGGUACCUGCAUUGGUGGCGCGUGCACGAGACGCGCAGGCGGCGUUUGUGGAGAAAGUGGCGGGUGAAUGGGGGAGGUUUGAAGGGAAAAAAGAGGAGAUGAAAGGGGUUGUGGUGGAAGCUGCGGCGGCGGAAAUGGAGGAGUUGGUGGGUGUUUUUGUGGAUGCGAAUAGGCUGCGGAGGAGCGUGCUUUCCGACAUACUGAGCGUGACGGAUGUUUAUCAGGCGGCGGUUUUUCUUGAAGGGUUAGCUCAAUUCCUUGUUGGGUUACGGAAUCGUGAAUUGGUCCGUCAAUUUGAGAAGUGUUCUUUGGAAUUAUAGUUCCAUUCGUUGGGUUUGCUGAAGUCAGUGCAUAGAUACUAUUUGGUUAGUUCUAAUUUUGUGCACUGCUCUAACUUAAGCCAAUAAUCAUGAUUAAUUUCCACUAAUAGUAGUUGAUAAGUAAAUUUAGAGCACUAAAGAUUCUAGUAGGUGACUUUUAUGAGUUUGUGUAGUUUGGUUUCUGGUUCUUGAUUUGGAAGUACGUGGAAGAUAAGACUGCAAUCUUCAUUUGAUUUAGUUUCAUUAUUGCUUGUUUGUUUUUAUUUGUUCCCUUUG